AUUACCUUUUAUCGAUACUGGGAACGUCUCUGAAAAAGUAAAUGUCAACUAAGUGUCAACGUCAGUUUCACAUUUCACCUGUGUGUGCGGAUUAUGGAUUCCGAAAUAUAUUUGAAAAAAAAAGUAUUUACGAUCGUAACUAGGCCAUGCUACAUUUUCUUUAAGAAAAGUUAUACUAAAUAAUAGUUAAAAUACGUAUUAGUGGUGUUAAACAGAGUUAUGUACUUAAUAGGUUAGGUUUUAUUAUUGGUUUUUUAAAAUGUCUUUUCCGGGCGAUAGUUUAAUGGAAAACUAUGGAAGUGUACGUGGCCGUGAAUCCCAGAACCAGACAGUGCGGGAGGCCUAUGAGGAAGGUGGCCUAAAAGCGGGUGCGUCACGAGUGGCCCGCCUCGCCUAUGGGGUCCUCUCCCGGCGUAAAGCGGCCGAGGAGGGUGCAGCGCGCCUGGCGCGGGUGCUCUCGGCCCUCGACCUCACCGCGCUGGGCGUCGGCAGUACCCUCGGAGUCGGCGUCUACGUGCUAGCUGGUGACGUCGCCAAGAACUAUGCGGGACCAGCUGUCAUUUUAUCCUUCCUGCUCGCAGCUGUUGCUAGCGUCUUUGCAGGGUUAUGUUACGCGGAGUUCGGCGCUCGUGUGCCCAAAGCGGGUUCCGCGUACGUGUACAGUUACGUGUGCGUCGGAGAGUUCAUCGCCUUCAUCAUAGGAUGGAACCUCAUACUCGAGUAUAUUAUUGGUGCGGCGUCAGUAGUGAAGGCCCUGAGUGAGUACCUGGACUCUCUCCUCAACAAGGCCAUCUCGACACACCUGGAGGCCGCCAUGCCGCUCGACACGCCGCACCUCGCGCGCUACCCGGACCUCUUUGCCUUCUCCGUCAUCAUGGCCUUCUCUGUGGCGCUCGCGUUUGGUGUAAAGGAGUCGACGAAGUUCAAUAACUUCUGCACCGGUGUCAACCUGUGUGUCGUGCUGUUCGUCAUUAUUUCUGGAUCCUUCAAAGCUGACACGAAGAACUGGCGUAUACCGGCGGAGGAAGUCCCCAAGUCUGAAAACAAAGACUUCGGAACGGGAGGGUUCGCGCCGUACGGACUCGCCGGCAUCAUCAAGGGAGCCGCCGUCUGCUUCUACGGGUUCAUUGGGUUUGACUGCGUGGCGACAGCAGGUGAGGAGGCCCGCCGUCCCCAGAAGAGCAUUCCGUUCGCAGUAGUGGCCUCGCUGCUGGUGGUGUUCCUGGCCUACUGCGGAGUGUCCUCAGUACUCACGCUCAUGAUGCCCUACUACAUGCAGGACGAGAAGGCGCCCUUCCCGUUCGUGUACGACCAGCUGGGCUGGCCGUGGGCUAAGUAUGCUGUCAGCGUUGGAGCCGUCUGCGCUCUUUGCUCUAGUCUCCUGGGUGCGGUGUUCCCUCUCCCCCGCAUCAUCUACGCGAUGUCAUCAGACGGGCUUCUGUUCCGCUUCAUGGGCCAGGUCAGCGAGAAGUACCAGACGCCGCUCAUCGGGACCAUGGUCGCUGGUCUCUUUACAGGUACUCUGGCCAUGAUCUUCAGGCUGGAACAGCUCAUCCACAUGAUGUCCAUCGGAACUCUGCUGGCUUAUUCCAUGGUCGCUUCAUGUGUUCUGUUAUUACGCUACGAGUCCCCGCAGGCGGGGCGCGGCGCGGAGCGGCUGCAGUGGUGCGCGCGCGCGGCGCUGCGCCAGCUCGUCAACGCGGAGCGCCACGCGCUGCCCACGCGGCUCAGCUCGCUCACCGUGUCCGUACUCGUCACGCUGUACGGCGUGUGGUGUUUCCUCCUGAUGUGGAGUAUCAACGAGUACGGGCCGCUGGUCCUGGCGGGACAGGCGCGCGCGCUGGCGCUGGUGGGGCUGGGGGCCGCGCUCGUCGUGUCCACGCUCGUCGCCAUCUCCCGCCAGCCCGUGUCCGAUAAGAAGCUGGCUUUCUCGGUACCGCUGGUCCCCUGGCUGCCCGGCAUCAGCAUCCUGAUCAAUGUGUACCUCAUGCUGAACCUGGACUACAUGACGUGGGUGCGGUUCGCCGUCUGGAUCGCCGCCGGUCUCCUGAUCUACGCGACAUACGGCGCGUGGCACAGCUCGGAGCGGCGCCGCAAGCCGGACGGCGUGCCCAUGGCGGAGCUGCACAGCGACAGCCAGACCGCGCUGCUCAACAACGGCCUGACGCACGCGCUCGGCUGACACCCGGCCCGCUGCGACAACCCACAGGACAGGGUUGUCAGCCCCACUAGUACUGUCGUCUCUUUUAUAUCUAGUAUUUGAGGACAUACACGUACGAGUAUUCAAAAACAAAUUAACGAUACUUUCUUAAAUCUGUCGCUACUUAACUCUUGUAAUGCUGGGGCCACACUAAAGAGAAAUUCUGGAUGUUAACCGUAAGUGUGUAGCCAAGACGUAACGCGAUAAUUUAAAAAUUUAACAUUUUACCGUUUAGCGUUAGGCGAUAGCUCAAGUGGCGGUACGUCGAAAAAUUUACGAAAAAAUUAUUGCGCUAGUUUGCAUUGACUUGAGCCACUAGUGUGGCCCCAGCAUAACAGAAAUCAAGGUACUGAUUACUGACAACAUUUAGUAGUGUUAAUAUUUCAGUAUUCCAUAGGUCCGUAUCAAUUUAUGAUAUAAUCUGAUUUUUUGCAUUUUUGUAUGGUACUUAAUACUGAUACUUAGGCCAGGUCUUUGUCAUAAUCUGACAGGUCGAUGAAUGUUUUAUAAUCGUUCAAGAUAUUGAUCCAUAAAAUUGAAUGAAGUUAUAAAAAAGUCUACUGCCUUGUAGAUGGAUUUCCGCGUAAACAUUGAACUCAAAAUAUUCGAGCCUACUAUCUAUUGUGGAAUAAUACUUCCUUGUAGUUUAUAUUCUUGCCUACCGACUGACAAUAACACUUUUUAUAAUACUGACAUUUUUCACAUACACAUCAAAUUUUAAAAAGCGAAAUUUCGGGCUGGGUGUUAUUAUGCAUGUGACUUGAAUGAUUGUGAAAUCAACCCAACACAAGAACUAAAUACCUAAGGGAGGAAGUCGUUAUAAAAAAAACAAGAACGUAAGUAACUAGAUUGAUUUUUGUUAAUGUUGUGCGUUAUAUAACUUAUAUGCUAUGUGCUAUUUAUUUCGUGUAGUAGAGAUUACACAACUAUAUGGUACAUAGUAUUACUAAUCGAUUUUAGGAUAAGCUUUUAAGUUCUCGUAGUGAAAUUAAUACAUUUUCGUACGUAUUGUGCAGUGGUAUAGAAAGUCUCAUUGCUAAGUGUUCGAUCCCUGCUUGCAACAAAUCUUAAUACACGAUUAUGUACGUCAAACAUUAUUGUAAGUUUAGCUCGACUAGCUUGCUCCAAAUUUGUGUAUAAUUUGAAAAUGUCAUAUAAAUUAUUUUCGUAAUUCCCUAUACAGCAAAAUAAUGUCGCAAGUAAAAAAGUCCUAUAUCCCACUAUCCCAUAUGGCCUAAGACGUUAAAAGCUUUGAGUCGAAUUAGUAAACGUAUGUUUAAAUUAUUGCAUAACACCUACGAAUGUACUUACAAUGAUUGCAUUUUUUGAAAUUCAAGUUAAUUAUUAAGUUUAAGAGGUAUAGUACAUAUUUAUCUUUUAAAGUACAUAUUGACGUACCCUGGUUUAAAGUAUCAUUCGAGUGCUGUGAUUGGCUUUUAGAAUCACAUAAGUUGACAGAUGUAUGUUUUUUUUAUGAAAUUUUCCCAUUGUAUUUUGUAUUUUGAAGACUACAGUUGUUUGCUUGUCAGUGUCAACGACAAACAAUAAUCGACCUUACUGCUCCGAAAUAAGGGUUUAUUUCGUACAAAGAUUAAUGGCUUUUAUCUUGGCUUUAGUAAAUAUAAUUGUUUUUUAAACAUUGUAGUUAAAGAGCAAAGAUAUUGAAGUUUAUUUAAAGUUGAAGGCAAAACACUUACUUAUUAAGGUCAAAGUUAAUUUUUAACCAAAAGGCUUGGUUUUAUCUUGUUAAUCUACUUACAUUUAAGUAUUAUUGAAAAUAAACCGCUUAGUAGCUAUAAAUCUGACUAAAUUAAAUUACAUUUACUGGAAUAUCAAAACUAAUUAAAUAUUAUAACUUAUUUAAUCUGUGUGAAAAUAUUUCAUAUAUUUAUACUUAUGUAUUUUAAACUAUAUUUUUAGUGUGUAAGAAUAAAAUUAUUAAUGCUUUUGUAAAGCCUUAAGGAAUAUCAAAGAGCUUUUGAGUGCGAGAAUCACUCUACAUAUUUGCUAAGAAAAGCUUAUAUUAUAUAGCCUAAAUUUUCUUCAAUAAAAGGCAUUUUUAUGAAAAUUUUGAAAAAAAUAAUAAUUUGAGAAUGUUAAAAAAGUUACAUAUUAUAAAGUGGUUGUGUAUUCAUAGGCAAGUCAAUACAAAUUUCUAUAACUCGAUCAGUCUCAGAUCGAAUACUAACUCGAAUAUGUCCAUACAUAUAUGAAACACAAGGCACUCGUAAGACUAAUAAUCGGCUAUUGGAGACUUGAAUUGAAACAUGUACGAAUCAUCUUAUAUCACAUGCUUUGCACGCUUGUCUGAGAUGCUUCAAUUAAUAAAUUAAGACCAAUUGAUGCUUGAAUCAUUUUUUUAUUAGAUCGGAUGAUUAAAUGUUGUAAAUCGAUUGAUUCGAAUUCAAAAUUAUUGUGUGAUCAGUUAAGAAAAAUAUGUUUUAUGAUUUUUGAACUGUGGUAAAGAUUUCCAAUAAUUGUUAAUGCAUAUAAGCAGAUCGCAGUGUUUAUUGAACAAGUAUUAAACAUCAACAGUAUAAAAAGCGAUAAAUAUAAUAAAUUACGACAAAAUUAUAUUAGUUGGUGACGUAAAUCGGAACUAAAAUUUGGUAGAACAUAUUUGACAGUUUUUGAAGUAAUGACUGCGCUACUAGCGCCACUGAUGAUAUAUGAGUUUGUAUUACAUAACAUUUCUAAUAACCGUACUGUUGAUUUAACAUUACCUUAAUGCUUGUGUAAACCAGUUAACGUCAAUAUAAAAACUUAUUUAGAUAACGCGAGAAAUAACGUGCAAUUUGCAAUACACUGCGUAGCUACACAGGUCUAGUAUCAAAAGUAAUACACCAUCGUCGGCAAUGUAUUGCAUCCUUCACGAUAUUACACGCACCGUCUAAUUUAGAUUUAAUAAUAACUACAAUUCAACCCAGAUUAAAUGAAUCUCUACCUACUUAGCUAGGUGACUAGGUUCCUAACGUAUUGCGCCAAAGUAUUUUAUUUUAAUUUCUAUUAAGUUUUAUUUUUUUAAAUAUUGUUUCGUAUAAUCGUGUUUGUUUUAUAAUACUCCUUAACUUUUUUUCUCGUAGUUUUGUGUUUAGCAAGGGAAUGGAAAAUAAUCAUGUAAGAUUUUUAAUAUUACUAUUAAAUCAAUGCAUUUGUUUCUGGUACGAUCGAUAUUGUUCGUUAUAUUGUUUAUUUGAUUAUGAUAAGAUUGUUUUAAAUUUAAUUAGCGGUUAGAACUGUAGAAAAUGUUAGGUACUUAAUACUUUGGCUGUGAAACAGCAAGCUGACUAAUGUAUCAGUGAAUUGUGAAAUAGAGUAUUAAUAAAAUUAAA